AUGUCGAAAAGCCUCAAGAAGAAGAACCACUGGACCAACAAAGUCCACGAAGCGGUUAUCAGCCGCGGCAAGGACGGCGAACUGGGCUUCGAGCUGAAGGGGGGCGCCGAGCUCGGCCAGUUCCCCUACUUGGGCGAGGUGAAAACGGGGAAGGGGCUCGUCCAGAGCGGCAAGCUGGCCGAGGAUGAGCUGCUCCUGGAGGUCAACGACAUGCCCGUGGCCGGCCUCACCAGCCGGGACGUGCUGGCCGUCAUCAAACACUGCAAGGACCCGGUCCGCUUCAAAUGUGUCAAACAAGGGGGGGUUGUUGACAAGGACCUGCGGCACUACCUCAACCUGCGCUUCUCCAAAGGCUCGGUGGACCACGACCACCAGCAGAUCAUCCGAGACAACCUGUACCUGCGCACCGUUCCCUGUACGACCAGGCAGCCCAAAGAGGGGGAGGUGCCAGGGGUGGACUACAACUUUGUGACUGUGGAACGUUUUAUGGAAUUGGAGCAAAGUGGAGCCUUGCUAGAGAGCGGAACCUAUGAAGAUAACUUCUACGGCACCCCCAAGCCACCAGCAGAACCGUCCCCAGCAGCCCCUCCUCUUAAUGUGAGUGAGGCCCUGCUGCCCGGAGCCCGGCCCAGCGCCCAGGGCAAAAGAAAGAGGAACCAAUCGGUCAGCAACAUGGAGCAGCGCGCCAGCCUGGAGCCACCCGAGGAGGAGGAAGAGGAGAGCCCCGUCGUCAACGGCAACGGGGUGGCCAUCACGCCAGAGUCCAGCGAGCAGGAGGACAAGAGCACUGACGCGUCCGGGGAGGUUGCCGUGGAAACCUGCAGUCAAGCGGCGGCCACCAGUGAGGCCCCAACCGAGGCGGAAGACGCACCCAAAUCUCCGGACAAAUCACCGAAUAAAGUCCCGGAUGUGGACGAGGAAGAGCUUGGCCCUCUCCCGGACAAUUGGGAGAUGGCGUACACGGAGAAGGGGGAGGUCUACUUUAUCGAUCACAACACCAAGACCACGUCAUGGUUGGAUCCCCGGUUGGCCAAGAAGGCAAAACCCCCGGAAGAAUGCAAAGAAGACGAGCUGCCCUACGGCUGGGAGAAGAUCGAUGACCCCAUCUACGGCAGCUACUACGUGGAUCACAUCAAUCGCAGGACUCAGUUUGAGAAUCCAGUCUUGGAAGCAAAGCGGCGCCUUGAGCAACAGAGGCAGAUGCAGACUCAGGGUCUCUCCGCUCUCCCGCUCCCUACAAUAUACAGAGAAAAGCCGCUAUUCACCAGAGACCCGACCCAAUUGAAAGGCACGUUUCUGUCUACGGGCCUGCAGAAGAGCAACAUGGGAUUUGGCUUCACAAUAAUUGGAGGGGACGAGCCUGACGAGUUUCUGCAAGUGAAGAGCGUCAUUCCAGACGGGCCUGCUGCUCAAGAUGGAAAGAUGGACACAGGUGACGUCAUCGUGUACGUAAACGACAUCUGCGUUCUGGGCACCACACACGCCGACGUGGUCAAGCUCUUCCAGUCUGUGCCCAUCGGCCAGAGCGUCACCUUAGUACUCUGCAGGGGCUACCCGCUGCCCUUCGAACCUGAAGAUCCCAACGCCACAACCGGCAGCUCCAUGACGCCCAUCGGGAUGGAGCAUCGUCCCCUUGUGGUCAACGGUCGCAACAGCUAUGAUCCUUAUCUAGAGUAUCUGUCCCUGAGCUCUCAGCUGCCCGCUCAGGCUUUGGCGCAGGCUGGGGUGUCCCACCCCGGGGACACGCACCUGGACGGCUCUUCGCUGCCGCCCACCACGCCCGGCUCGGCGUCUGCGCUCACACCGCACGAUGACAACGUAUCCAUGGCAUCAUCGGGUACGGCGGGCGUUGCCGGGGCGACCGCACAGCCGGCUGAGCUGCUGACUGUUACCAUGGUGAAAGGAGCGGAAGGAUUCGGGUUCACCAUUGCAGACAGUCCCACUGGUCAGCGAGUCAAACAGGUGCUGGAUCCUGGCUCGCAGGCAGCAUCGGGCCUGAUCGAGGGCGAUCUGAUCCUGGAGGUCAAUCAGCAGUCGGUGGCGGCGGCCGGACACGGACGUGUGGUGGAAAUGCUCAAAGAGUGUCCUGUAGGAGCUGAAGCUACAUUGCUAAUUCAGAGAGCGGCAACAGUUUCUCCAUGGAAAGCCUCCAAACAGUUACCCGACCAGUGGGACCCGCAUGGGAGCCCCCAGGCUAACCUGUCCGGUCCCGUCCUGCCUCCGGGUACGCCCUUCCCUAACCAGCCGCAACACCGCACAUCCGUGCCGGACUCCACCGAAGGCUUCGACCUGAACAAACCGGAUCCCUAUGACCUUUACGAAAAGUCCAGAGCGCUCUAUGAGAGUCGACGUGAGUUUGUUGAAUCAAGGGGAGCACAGGGGGCGGCCGAUCGAAUGCGCAGCUGGGUCAAUGCUGUAAUGUGUGUAUCAGGUCCGGAAUACGAAGAGGUGGAGGUGCACCUGCUGAGGGAGAAGACCGGCUUCGGCUUCCGCAUCCUGGGGGGAGACGAGGCCGUGCAGGCUAUUGUGAUCGGCGCCAUCAUCGAGAACACCCCCGCCGAGCGCGACGGGCGGCUGCGGCCGGGGGACGAGCUCAUCUCGGUGGAUAAAAACGUGGUGGCCGGGAAGCCGCACAAGUACGUCAUCGACUUAAUGCACGCCGCCGCUCGCAACGGCCAAGUCAGCUUGACCGUGAGGAGGAGGCUCCACAUGCCAGGCGAAGUGUGCCCCGUCAAUGGUCGAAGCCCCAGUUUAGUGUCCACUCAGCACAGCUCGCCCCGCAACGACGCCUUGUCGCCGGGCGCCGCCGCGGUGACCGUGACCUCGGAGGGCUCAGCGUUGCACACCAGUGACGUUCUCAUUCAGCGCAAGGAGAACGAAGGCUUCGGAUUUGUCAUCAUCAGCUCCCUCAACAGGCCGGAGAACGCCGCCAUCAUAACUGUGCCCCAUAAAAUCGGACGUAUAAUUGAGGGCAGCCCUGCAGACCGAUGCGGCAAACUAAAAGUGGGCGACCGGAUCUUGGCGGUAAACGGCCAGUCCAUCAUCAGCAUGCCGCACGCCGACAUCGUCAAGCUCAUCAAAGACGCCGGCCUCACAGUCACACUGCAUAUCAUACCAGAGGAAGGCAAGUCCUCCCCUACAGGCUCCCAGUCUGGCCCUGGCUCAGAGAAGCAGAGCCCCAUGACCCAGAAACAUGGCACCCAGCCCACGCCCGUAGCCCCGACAAAUCGACCAGUCGAUCGCAACGCUAGUGUGGGACGGCCCACCAAACAAAACUCUCUCAGAUUGUGUUGCUUUUUCCCUCCUCACAGGUCUGAGGUUAAAGCCAGACAGGAUGUGAAACCUGACUUCCGCCAUCCUCCCUUCACUGAUUACAGGCAACCACCCGUAGACUACCGGCACCCGCCGGUGACCGAUUACCGGCAGCCGCCGACGCUGGACUACCGGCACCCGCCCGGACUGCUGGACUUCAGACAGCACACGGCAGCUGCUCAGUUCCCGCUGGGGAUCGCUGCAGAGUUUAGAACACAGGACUAUGAUUACUUCACUGUGGAGCUGGAGAAAAGCUCCAAAGGUUUCGGUUUCAGUAUUCGAGGGGGCAGAGAGUACAAGAUGGACCUGUUUGUAUUGCGUCUGGCGGAGGACGGGCCUGCUAUACGAAACGGGAGGAUGAGGGUCGGGGAUCAAAUCAUAGAGAUAAACGGAGACAGCACUCGGGACAUGACGCACGCCCGGGCCAUCGAGCUCAUCAAAGCGGGGGGCCGGAGGGUCCGACUGCUGCUAAAAAGAGGAACAGGACAGGUGCCUGAAUACGACUGUGUCGGCCCCUGGGAUUCCCUUCCUACAAUCCACUCUACCCUGCCGGAAGUGACCCUCGAAGCCCACCAGAGUCCAUUGCCUUCAUCCCACCCGGCCGCAUCCCUGGAUUCCCCUCAUCAGCUUCCUCUAGAGGCCGCGGCGUGCAUGGCAGCGGACAAAGCCCCGCAGGUGACGGACCACAGCUCCUCGACUCGAGGAGCUACCGGUGGCAGGUCCACCCAGCAGAAGUGCAUGAUCAGGGGGCAGGGAGGAGAGGCCGAAUGCGGGCCGGGCUCUAGGCAGCCCAGGGUUUUACCCGCCAAAGCUAUCCUGGGCAGGCAGAGGGACGCUUGCUCCCCCUGCUGUGACAGAAAGGGGGUGAGCGCCCAGGCGGCGGGCGCUCUUUGGCCGCGGGACCCAUACGUGAGCGUCGCCCCCAACGGAGCCUCUCUGGCCGGCGUGGACUCCCCCGCCGGCCUCCAGGAGAGGCUGCUGUCCAGAGGGGUUCACCCCAGAGAGGAGGACCGCUGCGGGGGUCACGCCGGCCUCGGCUGCCCCUCUAAGAACACCCAAGACCCCCCUGCCAGGAGAGCCGCCGCCACCUCCCCGGGGCCCUGGAACAUCCCAGGGCCGGAUAAACUGCCUGGCACCCUGAGGUCCUGGACCUCCACUGUCAGCAGGUAG